GAAAACUCACCAAACCUACUUAUGUUGCGGGCCGGUUAAGCAAGGGUCGCAACCUAAGUGUGAAAACAGACUGUGAUUACCGGCAUCCAACAUGGCGAAGGCACUGCAAAAAAUGGUUGGCAUGGGCCAAAGACUUGGGACUACAGUGGUCACCCAGGGACCCAAAGUAGCAGGAGAUGCCAUGCAAUGGUCCAAGCCGAGGCUCUCUAAAUUCUGGUAUUAUGCACGAGUAGAACUAACUCCCCCAAGUCCAGCCGAUAUACCUGCAAUACAGAAGGGCUUCAGUAACAUCGUAGCUAGCGCCAGGACAGGAAAAUGGAAACAGCUUACAACAAAGGAGGCGUGGCUGAACACUCUAGUCUGCGUGGAAGUGGCUUUCUGGUUCUUUAUCGGCGAACAGAUCGGUCGACGAAGCAUCAUCGGCUACAACGUCAAGUCGGAUUUCGAGGAACCCGUUUACAUCUAACCUCAUCAAAAUGCCAGAGUUUCUUCAGUUUUUUGGUGACUUUUGAAUCCACCAUGAUCUUUCUCAAGAUCUUCUUCUCUUUCCCUAAGUAAGGGGAAUGUCUUCAUUGGGUAACACGUACCGUAGUCCGACAAGAAGAGACGGUGUACACUAGGAGCAGUUUCAUGACUAUUUCAUGAGUCUUUCACAAGGGUCACUGUUCUUCUUUUACAGGUUUAGCGCCAAAUGUCUUCUCUAGCUGUGUAUGUGAAGAAUGCUUAUUGUGUUCACACACAACUUCAGAGUCCUUUCUAUCCUGUGAAAUACUCUUUAAAUUAUGGGGAGUCCAUCCUCGUGUGGUGAACGAUCUUCAUUUAGUUGGUUAAUAGCAAGAAACUUCUGAGCUAGUUGUGUAAGCAAAGGGUGCUUAUGUAACAUGAAAAACACACGUACGCUAAGAUGUUUACAUUGCUAAACGUCCAGGGCGUAAUAACGCUAAUAAAAAACCCAGUAAAUAAAUUCAUCAUUUAGGGCAUCCUGCAUAAAGAAAAACAUUGAAAGCUUAAGAUUCUGGGGGAUUCAUAAGUUUAGGAGUGAUUUGUUGAUUUGAUUUAUGUUUUAGAAACAUGUUGAAAAUGUUGUUUUCAGAGAGAUUGCAUGAGAGUGGUUUGAAAUCAUUUCAGAGACUAAUCUGGUCACGUAGGAAAUUCAUAAUGAGAUUGUUCUACAAUUAUAUGACUUUUGAUUGAUCCAUCAAUUUAAUGACAAAAUGGUAUCAAUUCAAAAACAGUUUUGAAAAGAAAAACUAAGAAUGUGUGCGAAGCUAAAAGACAUUACUCUCUGUUUUGCAACUUGGAUAGAUAAAAACGUAAACCUCUGUUUGAAAUUUUAUUAAUAUUCUUAGUUGAUAAUAAUUGUAUGUUUGAAUACAAAUAAAAACUAUUAUUAAUGUUAAAA